CUGGGUAACACAAUGCCAGCUGAGCGCAAAAAGCCAGCAAAUAUGGAAGAAAAAGAAUCUCCGUUAAAUAAUAAAGAAAAAGAAUUUAGUGAAAGGCGACCAGUGAGCACCAGAGAGAAGCCAAAAGAAGAUGUCAAGGUUGGCAUGAAGAGAGAGACUUUAAAGGUUCCUGAAGAUAAAAAGAAAAAACUGGAAGAGGAUAAAAGAAAAAAGGAAGACAAAGAGCGGAAGAAAAAAGAAGAGGAUAAAGUAAAAGCAGAAGAAGAGCAAAAGAAGAAAGAAGAAGAAGAAAAAAAGAAACUUGAAGAAGAGGAGAAAAAGAAACAAGAGGAGGAAGAGAAAAAGAAACAAGAAGAAGCAGCUGCUCAACUGAAAGAAAAAGAGGAAGCACAUCAGCUCCAUCAGGAGGCUUGGGAACGCCAUCAGGCAAGGAAAGAGCUUCGCAGCAAAAACCAGAACGCACCAGACAAUCGCCCUGAGGAAAACUUCUUCAGCAGACUGGAUUCCAGUUUGAAGAAGAACACGGCUUUUGUUAAGAAGCUAAAAACCAUUACAGAGCAACAAAGGGACUCCUUGUCCCAUGACUUUAAUAGCCUGAAUUUAAGCAAAUACAUUGCAGAAGCAGUAGCUUCUAUUGUGGAAGCCAAACUGAAAAUAUCAGACGUGAACUGCGCUGUGCACUUGUGCUCCCUCUUUCACCAGCGCUAUGCGGAUUUUGCUCCGUCGUUACUUCAGGCUUGGAAAAAACAUUUUGAAGCAAGGAAAGAAGAGAAGACUCCCAACAUUACCAAGUUAAGAACUGAUCUGCGUUUCAUUGCAGAAUUGACAAUAGUUGGGAUUUUCACUGACAAGGAAGGUCUGUCUUUAAUCUAUGAGCAGCUUAAAAAUAUUAUUAAUGCUGAUCGAGAAUCCCACACUCAUGUUUCUGUGGUUAUCAGCUUUUGUCGGCACUGUGGAGACGACAUUGCCGGUUUGGUACCAAGGAAAGUGAAAACUGUUGCAGAGAAGUUUAACUUGAGCUUUCCUCCUAGUGAGAUAAUUAGCCCAGAGAAACAACAGCCCUUCCAGAAUUUGUUGAAGGAAUACUUUACGUCUUUGACCAAACACCUGAAAAGGGACCACAGGGAGCUACAAAAUAUUGAAAGACAAAACAGGCGCAUUCUUCACUCCAAGGGCGAGCUGAGUGAAGAUCGACACAAGCAAUAUGAGGAAUUUGCGAUGUCGUAUCAGAAGCUGUUGGCGAAUUCUCAAUCUCUAGCUGAUCUUUUGGAUGAAAAUAUGCCUGACCUUCCCCAAGAGAAACCAACACCUGAGGAACACGGACCUGGUAUUGAUAUUUUCACACCAGGAAAGCCUGGAGAAUAUGACCUGGAGGGUGGUAUCUGGGAAGAUGAAGACGCUAGAAACUUCUAUGAGAAUCUCAUCGACUUAAAGGCUUUUGUGCCAGCAAUUUUGUUUAAAGAUAAUGAAAAAUGUUCCCAGAACAAGGAUUCCGGCAAAGAUGAAUCAAGAGAUUCAAAAGAUGCCAAAGAUAAUAAAGAAGGACCUGGAAGUGAGGAUUUGGAGUUGGAGCUGGAGAACUUGGACAUUAAUGAUGAUCCCCUGGAGUUAGACUGUGGAGAUGAGGCAGAAGAUCUUACAAAAAAGCUUCUUGAUGAGCAAGAACAAGAGGAUGAAGAAGCGAGUACUGGAUCUCAUUUAAAACUUAUAGUAGAUGCUUUUCUUCAGCAGCUUCCAAAUUGUGUCAACAGAGACCUCAUAGACAAGGCGGCGAUGGAUUUUUGCAUGAAUAUGAACACAAAAGCCAACAGAAGAAAACUAGUACGAGCACUUUUCAUAGUUCCUAGACAAAGGUUGGAUUUGCUACCGUUCUAUGCAAGGCUGGUUGCCACGUUGCAUCCCUGUAUGUCUGAUGUGGCAGAGGAUCUUUGUUCAAUGCUGAAAGGGGAUUUCAGAUUUCAUGUAAGAAAAAAGGACCAGAUCAACAUUGAAACAAAGAAUAAAACUGUGAGGUUUAUUGGUGAGCUUACCAAGUUUAAGAUGUUUUCCAAAAACGAUACUCUCCACUGUUUAAAGAUGCUUCUGUCAGACUUUUCUCAUCACCAUAUUGAAAUGGCAUGUACUCUGCUGGAAACCUGUGGAAGAUUCCUCUUCAGAUCACCAGAGUCUCACUUAAGAACCAGUGUUCUUUUGGAACAAAUGAUGAGAAAAAAACAAGCAAUGCAUCUAGAUGCACGCUAUGUUACAAUGGUAGAAAAUGCCUAUUACUACUGUAAUCCUCCUCCAGCUGAAAAAACUGUGAAGAAAAAACGUCCUCCUUUGCAGGAAUAUAUUCGUAAACUUCUUUACAAGGAUCUCUCCAAGGUCACCACAGAGAAAGUCCUGAGACAGAUGCGCAAGCUGCCUUGGCAGGAUGCAGAAGUAAAAGACUAUGUUAUAUGCUGUAUGAUCAACAUCUGGAAUGUGAAAUAUAAUAGUAUUCACUGUGUAGCCAACCUCUUAGCAGGGUUGGUCCUUUACCAGGAAGAUGUUGGAAUCCAUGUUGUGGAUGGAGUGCUAGAGGAUAUUCGACUAGCAAUGGAGGUUAACCAACCAAAGUUUAACCAGCGACGGAUCAGCAGUGCCAAGUUUUUGGGGGAGCUUUACAAUUAUCGAAUGGUGGAAUCAGCGGUAAUAUUUCGAACUCUUUAUUCUUUCACAUCGUUUGGUGUGAACCCUGAUGGUAGUCCUAGUCCACUGGAUCCUCCAGAGCAUCUCUUCAGAAUCCGACUAGUCUGUACAAUCCUCGAUACCUGUGGGCAAUAUUUUGACAGAGGAUCCAGCAAACGAAAACUUGAUUGCUUCCUUGUAUAUUUUCAGCGGUAUGUUUGGUGGAAAAAAAGUCUGGAUGUUUGGACAAAAGACCACCCAUUUCCUAUAGACAUAGACUAUAUGAUCAGUGAUACACUGGAACUGCUGAGACCAAAGAUAAAGCUCUGCAGUUCUCUGGAAGAAGCUAUCAGACAGGUGCAAGACUUGGAACGAGAAUUCUUAAUAAAAUUAGGAAUUGUGAAUGACAAAGAUUCCAAAGAUUCCAUUACAGAAGGAGAGAAUUUGGAAGAGGAUGAAGAGGAGGAGGAAGGUGGAGCAGAGACAGAGGAACAAUCUGGAAAUGAAAGUGAAGUAAAUGAGCCAGAAGAAGAGGAGGGCUCUGACAAUGAGGAAGAAGAAGGUGAAGAAGAGGAGGAAGAAAACACAGAUUAUCUUACAGACUCCAAUAAGGAAAAUGAAACUGAUGAGGAGAAUACAGAAGUAAUGAUUAAAGGAGGAGGACUUAAGCAUGUCCCUUGUGCAGAAGAUGAGGACUUCAUUCAGGCAUUGGAUAAAAUGAUGCUGGAAAAUCUUCAG